UGUGAUUACAUCUGAAGUGAAGCAUAGGUUUGUUGCAAACGUUGCAAACGAACACACAUUCACUCAAUACAGUCAACAGUCAAUACACGACUGCUUUGUGUAAGCAUUUAACCACUGAUUAUGUCUACAUUUAAACACAUUUAACUCAUUCACUGCUUCACUCAUCCCAUCGACUCAUCCAUUGAAUGCUAUCAUCAAAGAGACCACAAAAUGACGAUUUGAUUGUCUAUUGUGUCACACAUUUGGUCCGCAAUUGGGUGUCAUUUGUAUGCAUAUAAUGAAUGCAUUGAAACAAUAAUAACAAUAAACCACUCAUUCAUUGAAUUGUGGCCACAAAUGCUAUCAAAUGAUCAUUAAAUCCAAUGAAUAGCCAUUGAAUCAGUUCUUCGCCUAAUAUUAUUUAUAAAUUCGUGUCAAAUAUGAGUGAAUUUCAAUGGAUGUAUUCUUUGGUCGAUUCCUCGAGAGUCUCAACAUUUUUGAUAUCAAUGCUACUCAUCGUUUACGGCAGCUUUCGAUCUCUUAAUAUGGAAGAAGAGGCCAAACAGAAGGAGAAGGACUCUGGCGUUCAGUGCAGUGUGCAGACGUUGGACACGAUGCAGGCGUUAUGUCUGCCAUUGGGUGCCUCCAUAUCACUACUGAUAAUGUUCUUCUUCUUCGACUCGAUGCAAAUGCUGUUCGCCAUCUGUACGGCCAUCAUAGCAGCCAUCGCUUUGGCAUUUCUGUUGCUUCCGAUGUGUCAAUACAUUCUGAGGCCCUGUACUGACAAAAAGAAAAUAUCAUUUGGAAUCUGCGGUCGGUUUACAGUCGCAGAGUUGGUCUCAUUCUCGCUGUCGGUGACAAUAGUGUGCAUUUGGAUACUGACGGGACAUUGGCUUCUCAUGGACGCCAUGGGAAUGGGUCUGUGCGUGGCUUUCAUUGCAUUUGUACGGCUGCCAAGUCUUAAGGUCUCAACGCUUCUGCUGACGGGUCUACUUAUAUACGACGUCUUCUGGGUCUUCUUCUCCUCAUAUAUCUUCAGCUCCAAUGUUAUGGUACGGGUGGCCACAAAGACAGCUGACAAUCCGGUGGGAAUCGUAGCUAAACGACUGCAUUUAAAUGGCGUGAAAGAGCCUCCGAAGCUGUCACUGCCGGGAAAGUUGAUAUUUCCGUCGAUGCAAAACUCGGGACACUUCUCUAUGUUGGGAUUGGGGGACAUCGUUAUGCCCGGAUUACUGCUGUGUUUUGUACUCAGAUAUGACGCUUACAAGAGAGCACAACUCAAUUCGGUGGAGGCGGGGGUGCCGCCGCCCAACCAUUUUAAUAAAAUAACUUAUUUUCACUGUUCACUCAUCGGAUACUUUUUUGGUCUAUUGACAGCUACGGUCUCGAGUGAGAUAUUCAAAGCGGCUCAGCCCGCACUCCUCUAUUUAGUUCCAUUCACUUUACUUCCACUCCUGACAAUGGCUUACAUUAAAGGUGAUCUGCGGCGGAUGUGGUCCGAGCCCUUCAUAGCAUCAAAUCUGCCCAAACAUCUGGAGGUAUGAUAUUUAGCCAAUCAUUCCGUCGCGAAUUACAUGUGAAAAGUAAAAAACUCAUUACAAGCGAAUCUCUCAUAAAAAACUGUAUUAUAAAUCAUUGCAUGAAUUGUGAGUCAAUACCGAAAAAACAAUCUAUAAUUUAAAGAAUUAAUAAUUUUUGUGAAGUGUUUGAGAGGAAGAAAGUGCACAAACAGUCAUAAAGAUUAUGUAAAUAAAUGUAUUUUAUUGCAAAUCAUAGAAUGAAUACUCUUUGAAAUUAGUUUUGAACCAAAUAAUAAUUAUUUUAUACAAUUGAGACGAGCGAUACUUAUUGUACAAUAGAUUUUUAUGCGUUUUAUUUAAUUUAAAGAAAUAGAUGUAUAAUGCGAUAUAUAAUGACCAUAUAUUAUAUAAAUAUAUUAUUAGAUUCUUUACAAUUAAGCGAAAGAUGUAAAUAUAUACCCCUUAUAUACAAUUCAUUACUCAAAUGUUGUAUUUUUAAAUUAUAACGACUAUUAUUAAUAUUAUUAUUAUUGAAAACAAAUUGAGUCACUUUUUCUGUUAUAGUUUUUCA